AUAAAGCGAUUGGAUUCCUGGCUGGUGAUGAGUGACAGACGGGCAGCGAGAGAGAGAGAGAGAUCCUCCACCGGAGCAGGAAGCUGCUGCCCGGGACUGCCGAGAAGACGGAGAGGAGGUACAAAAACAACGUCGACAUCUGCGGGGUUUCCACCAUAAUGUAGCCCAAACGGAGCAGCGACAGCCGCGUGUGUCAAAUCGACCCGACAACGACGCGACUGGAUGUCGAGGGCGCGGCGGUGAAUAACGGCGAACGCAGAGCCGUGUGUUUUAUUUUAAUUUGUUUUCCCCCCCCCUUCUAUUUAUUAUCGUCGUUGUCGUCGUCGUUGCACGGUUGACAAUGAAGGAGCUCGAGGGCUGCGGUAUGCGCUCCUCGGUGGGCUUUCUGUCCCGCAGGGAGCUCACCGGGCAGCCGCUCCUGAAGGACGACUUCCAGAGGCGCCGGAUGGCCGGCUGCACCAGCCUCUUCAAGAAGGACAUGCUCGGCCACUUCGGCUGCGUCAACGCCAUUGAGUUCUCCAACAACGGCGGAGAAUGGCUCGUGUCCGGAGGAGAUGACCGCCGGGUGCUCCUGUGGCACAUGGAACAAGCUAUCCAUGCUCGGUCCAAGCCUUUGAAACUGAAGGGCGAGCACCUGUCCAACAUCUUCUGUCUGGCCUUCGACAGCACCAACAAAAAGGUCUUCUCUGGCGGAAAUGAUGAGCAGGUAAUUCUUCACGAUGUGGAGAGAAGGGAGACUCUGAAUGUGUUCCUGCACAUCGACGCCGUGUACAGUUUGUCUGUCAGCCCGGUCAACGACAACGUGUUUGCCAGCUCGUCCGACGACGGACGCGUUCUUAUCUGGGACACCCGCGAGCCGCCGAGCACAGAGCCCUUCUGCCUGGCCAGCUACCCGUCGGCCUUCCACAGCGUGAUGUUCAACCCGGUGGAGCCCAGGCUGAUCGCCACAGCCAACUCCAAGGAGGGAGUUGGAUUAUGGGACAUUCGCAAGCCACGCAGCUCGUUGCUCCGUUACGGGGGCAGCAUGUCGCUGCAGAGCGCCAUGAGCGUUCGCUUCAACAGCACCGGCACCCAGCUGCUGGCGCUGCGGCGCCGCCUGCCGCCCGUCCUCUACGAGCUGCACUCCCGCCUGCCCAGCUUCCAGUUCGACAACCAGGGCUACUUCAACUCCUGCACCAUGAAGAGCUGCUGCUUCGCCGGGGACAAAGAUCAGUACAUCUUGUCUGGGUCAGACGACUUCAACCUCUACAUGUGGAAGAUCCCAAAGGACCCGGAAGCAGGAGGCGCUGGUCGAGUGGUAAACGGGGCGUUCAUGGUCCUGAAGGGUCACCGCUCCAUAGUGAACCAGGUCCGCUUCAACCCUCACACCUACAUGAUCUGCUCCUCGGGCGUGGAGAAAGUCAUCAAGAUGUGGAGUCCCUACCAGCAGCCCGAGAGUCUCGGGGACCUGGAGGGCCGCGUGGAGGACAAGUCACGCAGCCUCUACACCCACGAGGAGUACAUCAGCCUGGUGCUGAACAGCGGCAGCGGCCUGUCCCACGACUACGUCAGCCAGUCCAUCCAGGAGGACCCGCGCAUGAUGGCUUUCUUUGACUCGCUGGUGCGCCGAGAGAUCGAGGGCUGGAGCUCCGACUCCGACAGCGACCUGAGCGAGGAGGCCAUCAUGCAGCUCCACGCUCGGGGUCGGCGCACCCCGAGGCCCGCGCCGACUCCUCCCGUCGCCGUCGUUGCCGCCAAUAAUCACAGCGACUCCGAUAACUCGUCGUCCUCCUCGCUGGCUGGACCCGAUGCCUCGGGGGGAGAAGAGCCAGCGGGGCCAGAGGCGGAGGAGCGGCCGAGGAGGCGGAGCAGGCUUCAGCGUCACCAGUCCGGCUUCCUCGUGAACGAGGACUCGGACUCCAGCGAGUUUUGGCUCGACCCCAUGCCGCGGCCUCGCUCCCCGAGCCCCAGGGACAACUCCACGCUGUCCAGCCCCGCCUCCUCUCCUUCGCUUCCCGUCGGAGCGUCCAGCUCCUCCACAUCCACCUCCAGCUCCAGCAGCGACGACGAGGAGCGGCGCAGCGCGGUGAGGCGGCGCAACGUGGUGAGGCGGCGGCGCAUGCACGUCGUCUCCAGAGCCGGGGACCGACCCGAGUCUGUGCAGACUCUGUUUUCAGCCAUGGACUCCUGCAGUUACCCAUCGAUAUUAAUCGAUGACCUGUCUUCCUCCUCGUCCGCCGAGGCACAAAACUCCCUCAAGCCCAGCGAUGGCGGCGUCGGAGAUGAGGAAAAAUGUCUCAGCCCUUCUGACUUUGUGUGUCUGAGCCCCGUGAUGUACCCCGAGAGCCAAGAGAACGAGGAAGGGAGGGACAGGACUGAGCUGGAAAGACGCCCGGCUGCGUCUCACCGGUCACUGGACGGACGCAGGACUGGAGGAAACGCCGACAGCGGCGAGGCUUGUGGCAGUUCGGUGGCUUUAGACAGUAACUCUCCAGACCGACACAGCCCUGGAGUCAACGGGCGACACCGGACUGCAGCGCCCUAUGUGAGAGAGAACCUCCAUGUCUCCUCCGGAUCGGAGGAAGAGACUGGCGUCACACCUGAAGGCACCAGGCCGAAGAGAGAAAAGGGCCUGGCGACCUGCGCCCUGAAACGGACUCAUGUGGGAUCAGAGGAGGCCGAGUCAGGCUCCUCCCCCUCAGGAAAGAAGUUAAAAAUAUUAUGAGACCGCUUUCUCAUCCCGUAAAUAAAUAAUUUGUUAACAGA